AUGCAACCAUCGUCCAAGGUUCUCGUUUGCGUCGCCUUCAUGUGCAUGGUCGGUGCGGCACGUGCCGGGCUCGAGGCCGAUGCCGGCGCGCACCUGGACCGUGCCAAACGGUGGCUCAACUUCCCCGUCAACGGCGGGGUGGCCAAGAUGGUGCUCGGCAUCGUCGUGCCCAUCCGGUUCCUGCACCCGCUGCCGCGCAUCAUCGUGAACACGUACAACUUACAAGCCAACUAUCGCAUCCCGGCCACCAUCAUCUUUCCGCAUCCGGAGUCGGUGUUUAAAAACCGGGCCUUGGCGGCCGACGCUGCCGACGGGCUGAAGGUACCCGCCUCGGGCGAUCGCAGCCGAAAGCAGCUGUACGAGCUGCUCGAGCGGGGCUGGAGCCAGUGGGGCCAUGAUGGGCAUGCCUGCCUGCUGCGGGCCGUCUGUGAAGUCGCCGAAACGCCGCUCAAACACAACGGAUUGAUUGGCGAAAUAAUCGAUGUGAUUUUCACACCCUUUCCAACGGACGGUCUAGACGCGGAAUAUCAACUGGCCCAAGUACACGGUUUGCAGCGCCGCAAUUGUCUGCAACGCUACCCCAACUGUCCCGCAGGACAUGGAUUUUUCGACAGCAUAUCGACGCUGGCCCUGUCGUAA